AUGACCGGCACAGGAGCUCCCGGCGGCGGCCCUCCCGCUAGCUUUAACGGUGGCCAAACCCCUCAGCGCUCAUUCGAAGACCGAGCUGCUGCCCGCGAGCAGAUGAUGUCCAACGUCCGCGAAUCGUCGCAACAAGAUCGCCGAGUCUACGUUGGUAAUCUCUCGUAUGACGUCAAGUGGCAUCAUCUCAAGGAUUUUAUGAGACAGGCUGGAGAUGUUCUCUUUGCCGACGUAUUGCUGCUUCCUAAUGGAAUGUCGAAGGGAUGCGGAAUUGUGGAAUAUGCGACCAGGGAACAAGCUCAGCAGGCUGUUACCCAACUGAGCAACCAGAACCUCAUGGGCCGUCUUGUAUACGUUCGCGAGGACCGUGAAGCUGAGCCUCGAUUCAUCGGAUCCGGCGGCGCCAACCGUGGUGGCUUCGCUGGCGGCAGUAUGCAUGGCGGAUUCCAUCCGGGCUACGGUGGUGGCCACGGCCACGGCGGCCACGGCGGCCCCGGCGGCCCCGGCGGCCCCGGAGCUGGCGGUGCCGGUCGUCAAAUCUAUGUUGCCAAUCUCCCUUUCAAUAUUGGCUGGCAAGACCUCAAAGAUCUUUUCAGACAAGCAGCCCGCAACGGCGGUGUUAUUCGCGCGGAUGUGCAUUCGGGUCCCGAUGGUCGACCCAAGGGCUCGGGUAUAGUGGUAUUCGAAAGCCCUGAUGACGCCCGCAGCGCUAUUCAGCAGUUCAAUGGCUACGACUGGCAGGGACGCACCAUCGAAGUCCGCGAGGAUCGCUUUGCUGGAGCCGGAAAUAUGGGCUUCGGCGGCCGAGGCGGCUUUGGUGGUGGAAUGCGUGGCGGCUAUGGCGGAGGCUUCGGUGGCCGUGGAGGGUUCGCCGGUCGUGGAGGGUUUGGUGGUGGCUUCGGCGGCCGUGGCGGCUACGGGAGUGGUCCUGGUGCCGGCGGCUUUGACGGCCCUCCUCCAGCAGCCGCUGCGCCCAACCCAUUCACUGACAAUGCUACUUCCGGAACUGAACGCAGUGAAAUCAUUUACGUGCGCAAUCUCCCUUGGUCCACUAGCAACGACGACCUGAUCGAGUUAUUCACCACCAUCGGCAAGGUUGAACAAGCCGAAAUCCAGUAUGAGCCCAGCGGCCGUUCGCGUGGCAGUGGCGUUGUUAAGUUCGACACUGCCGAGACUGCUGAGACCGCCAUCUCCAAGUUUCAAGGAUAUCAAUACGGUGGACGUCCUCUUAACCUGAGCUUUGUCAAAUAUGUGAACCAGCCGAGUGGCGAGCCCAUGGAAGCUGAUCCUCACGCUGGCCUAACUCAGGACCAGAUGAUGUAA